AUGAGAAUUUCAAUUGCAAGCUCAAUCCUGACUCUGGCUCUGGUAGAUGCUGCCACUGCCGGACUGCAGAAGAGGCAAGCCCCCGUUACUGUCACGGAGACUGUAACCUCCCUGGCAUCAUCGCCUACUGCAUGGACAUGGAAUGCUGGAGCAUCGACUACGUGGCCUAUUCAUGAGUCUUGCAAUGCAACUGAGAGAGCCCUCCUGAAGCGUGGACUCGACGAAGCUGUGGUUCUUGCCGCCCAUGCCAGAGAUCACGUACUCCGCCACGGAAACAGCUCAGAGUUCUACCAAAAGUACUUUGGCAACGCAUCUACGGGUGAAGUCAUUGGAUGGUUCGAGAAGAUUGUCCACGGUGACCGAGGCGUAUACAAGUUCCGAUGUGAUAACCCAGACGGAAACUGCAACCUUCCUGAGUGGGGUGGACAUUGGCGAGGAGAGAACGGAACUGAGGAGACCGUCAUCUGCCCUCUCUCCUAUGAGACUCGUAAGCCGCUCGAAGGCGUCUGUGGAUACGGCUACACCGUAGCUGAAGGCUCCCUAAACUUCUAUUUCGCCUCUGACCUGAUUCACCGCCUUUUCCACAUGCCCAGCGUGGGUGAGGAGGUCGUGGAGCAUUAUGCGGACGACUACGAGGAGUGUGUUCAGCUGGCCAUCGACAAUCCCGCCCAAGCUGUGAGGAACACUCAUACCUUGCAAUACUUUGCGCUUGAUGUCUACGCUUUCGAUAUCGCUCUGCCAAACGAUGGAUGUACUGGAAAAGCUCCUGCACAUGACCAUUCCGAGGACUCGAGCACAACGACGAUACCAAGCACUGCAACUGCAACCACAACAGCAGGUACCGAGUGCCACACUCAUUCGGAUGGUACUGAGCACUCCAUGAUUUGCAACGUGUGCAAAGAUGGACUUGAGGGCAUGUGGGAUCCCAGUCGCAGCAAGCGACUUGCGCUAAGAAACUUGAUGGACAAUGAGUACGAUGUCGACAGCGACAACAAGCACAAUGACGAUUCCAUGGGCUUACAUCAUGCCGGUACAAGCGACUUGGCGCGUCACGGAAUCAGCGAGUACGUGUACGGUCAUCACGAAGACAGAGCUUCAUUUCUAGACUCGAUACGAGGCGGAUGUGCCAUGUGCAAUCGGUUCUGGCCCCUCGACGGUGGUGAAAAUUCCAAGUUACGGAAUCUUGGCUACUUCUCGGUGUUUUACGUGAUGCUUGACCAAAAGCGGACCGUUGACGAGCUGACGAUGUUUGUUGAAGUGGGAGAUACUUCAGGAGGAUUUGAGUUUGUUCCACUUGACGGCCCGAAUAAUGAUAACAUGAACUUCGAUUUCGGACCGUCAAACCAUGAUUCCAAGGCAUGGUCUAUAAUAGAGACCUGGAUGAGGGCCGAGUGUCCUUCAACCCUUCAAUAUGUAGCUUUGAGCCAUCGCUGGGGUACUACGGAUAUUAAACGUCUGUUACAACUACUACAGUCGACUGUCGAACACUUGAGCCGGGAACAACCAGUCGGAAACCUUCCAAAGACUUUCAGGGAAGCUGUCGAUAUUGCUCAACACUUUGGCGUCGAUUACAUUUGGAUUGAUCGACUCUGUAUCUUCCAAGACUCCCCCGAGGAUUGGCAGAGGGAAGCAUCAACAAUGCAGGACGUGUAUCGGAACGCACUGUUCAGCAUUUCUGCGCUUGGGGCCAAGGACGACGAAGACGGGUGUUUUUUUGAGCGAGAUCCGAAAAAGGCGGCGCCCACGAUUCUCCGCUUGAAACUAACAGAAGACGAUGAGGAAAAGGCGUUCCGAUUCGGUCUUGAAAAGGGCUGGUCGUGGCGCCUAUCUUUUGAGAAUGAGCCUCUGGUGCAAAGAUCCUGGGUUGUACAAGAACGACUUCUCGCUCCUCGGACCCUGCAUUUCGGGUCCAAGCAGCUCUUUUGGGAGUGCCGUGAAGCAAGCUGCUGUGAGAUGCACCCACAAGGUGUCUAUUGUUUCCAAUACGAGGAUGAUAUCGAAGAUGACAGGACACAAAAGGCGGAUCGGAACCCUGAUCAUCCCUUCCUUUGGAAGCAGUUGCUAGAUGCACCAGAUCGGAUGCAUGCCGGCGACCAAUAUGAACAGCUCUUCACCGAUUGGAAUUCGAUUACCAAUUACUACGCCAGUCGUCAACUGACUGUAGCUAACGACAAGUUGGUUGCUUUGUCCGGAUUGGCCAAUAAUAUGAAGGCGAGACUUCAGCAACUAAGACCAGGUCCGCAUCGGUAUCUCGCUGGCCUUUGGGAGGAGAAAUUAAUGAAUACAAUCGUGUGGAAUGUCGUCGCCCCAGCCAGAAGAGCAUUGCAGUAUAGGGCACCAUCGUGGUCUUGGGCGUGCCUCGAUGGUCAUCUUAACAUCAGUGGAGGAUGCAAAGAUAAGGAAACGAUUUCCUUCACAUCCAAGGUCUCUGUGGACAUGACGUACCUUGGCAAGGAGGACACUGGAGAGGUUGAGGGUGGCGUACUGACAUUGGCAGGCCCAUGCGCUUCGGUCAUGAUUGAAAACGAGUCUGGGAGGCACCGUAUGUUUAAGAACGAGAGAAAUGUUCGACGUAUCCAAAGCGAUAGAAGUAACCUUUACGAGAAAGAUGAGGCCAAGGUCAGAAUUAUAUUUGAUACCUUGGAAGAUCUUACUGAAAAGGCUCUUCUAAUAUGGGUAUGUACUCAUCAUUUACAUUACGAGAAGUGGUAUGGCCAUGGAUUAAUACUCGCCCACGUGGAGGAGGACAAGUAUCGCAGGCUGGGAAUGGCAAGUCGCUACUUUGACAACAAGGACGAUGCACGAGUAUUUAGUGCCGGAUUCUCCCAAAAGCAGGUCAGCAUCAUUUGA